AAUGGCUUGACUUCCUCCUUUGGUACGGCUGUGCAGCAGCACGCAGCGAUUGACUGCUGCUCAGUUUCAUGGGAGCGGCAGCGGCAGCAUCAGAAAUAAUAAAGCAAAACACACGCUUACGCAUUCGCACGCACAUACACACACGCGCGCUCACGCACACACACGCGCGGACCCUCACACACACACACACACACACACACACGCGCACGCACACACACUGGAGGCUCUGCGUCCCAGCAUUCAGCUGUCAGGAUGAGUGCAGGAGAUGUAGUCUGCACCGGCUGGCUCGUAAAAUCUCCGCCUGAGAAGAAAUUGAAGAGAUAUGCCUGGAGAAAACGCUGGUUUGUGCUCCGACGGGGUCGGAUGAGCGGAAACCCAGACGUGCUGGAAUACUACAGGGGCAAGAGCUCCAAGAAGCCCAUCCGCACCAUAGACCUACGGGAGUGCCAAGUCCAGAUGCACACGGAGAUCCGGCUGCUCAAGAGGGAGUUACAGAACCAGCACCUGUUCGUAGUCAAGACCUCCUCGCGCAUCUUCUACCUGGUUGCCAAGACCGAGGAGGAGAUGAACAGCUGGGUGCGCAACAUUAGCCAAAUCUGCCACUUCAGCCCACUGGACGAAGAGGCGGCAGACUCAGACAGCUUCUCCCAGCAGCCCUCACCCGCCAGCUCCACCCACACAUCCCACAUCACAAGCCAUGACCUCAGCGCAGACGCCAACACCACAGAGGGCAGCCGCAGCCGCAGUGAGUCAGAGUCCAGUCUGCCCCCUGACUACCUCAUCCUUUCGCAGUGCGAGACCGGGAGGGUCAGCAUCACCAGCUGCUCAAACUCAGAGCGGUCCCUGGAGCAGAGUUCAUCGGACAACACCUUUGAGGAUGUUUUCCUGUCCCCUCUCUGCACCAAUCAGACGCUGUCCCCUUUCAUCUCAGUCGGGCUAUCAGAGCCCCCACUUGGUACCCCUUCUUCCUCCACACCUUUGGAGAGACUGUCUGAAUUCUCCUCCUCCUGCUCCUCAACGUCCCCCACCCAGACGCUCCACCCAGCCCCGGACUUUUUCCAGUUUGACAAACCAGCCACGUCCUUGUCUCCAGAAGGCAUCAUGGAUGGUCAAACACCCCCACCCCGGCCGCCCAAACCCAUUCGCUUCUCUGAGAGAUGUGCAGAUAAUGGACCUCAUCACAUGACUCUCCGGAGUGGUGAGGGGCUCUUUCCACUUCAGCCUGCCCCAAUUCCUCGGAGAAUCUCCCUGGCAGGACUGGAUCACGUUCGGAGAGGAGAGUUUGACAUCAGCUCUGUAAGAAGUUGGAACAAAAGGCUAAGUCUUAAUUUGCCACGACUGAACUCUGUAUGCAGUCCAAGUUCGGUGGACUGUUAUGAAGACUCCUAUAUCCCCAUGAACUCUGGGGCUUCCCCCCCAGUAGCCAGUUCAGACAUUGAGUCAGAUGGCUACGUCCCCAUGAGUCCAACAUCAGCUCCAUUCCUCAUGUCCAACGGGAACCCUGAGACCCCUCCCCCUGCUGCCCCCUUGCAAGGGUUGCCAACCGAUCUGGAACCGCCUCCUGUGAACCGCGAUCUGAAGCCAAGGAGAAGAGCAAGACCUCCACCAUUAGACCUACGGGCCUUAUCCACCAUCAAUGAAUGUCCACCCCAUCUGUCUCUGACACGGACGCUGACAGAGCCAGGAAACUCAGCUCAUUGGUUCCCAAUGGAUAGAAGACCUGGCAUAACAGGGACCUUGGGGGAUCAAGAAGACAGCUGUCUUCUGGGGGAGUCCCGGCAUUUGUUACCUGCCAAUGGAAGCACAGCUCUCUGCACUCCCCGGAAAUCAAAUCUGGACUACCUAUCACUGGACUUCAAUUCGGCGUCACCUUCACCAGUGCAGAAGAAGGCUCUGCUUGCUGAUGAGCACCGAGUAGACUACGUACAGGUUGAUGAGAAGAAGACCCAGGCCCUGCAGAACACUAAGAUGGAGUGGAAGGAUGUCCGGCAAUCCAAAGUGUAAAGCAGGGUGGAAAGGGCGAAAGAAGCAUUAAAAUAAAUAAAUAAAUAAAAAGGCAACACACCCAGUACAGAAGCCCCCCCCCCCCCCCCAAAAAAAAACAAAAAACAAAAAACACAUCGCCUUGACAUCAGUGUUAUAGAUAAGAACCUGAGGAUCAGUAUUUGUGAUUUUACACAAGAGGACGAUCUUAAAUGAGAUGCCAUUAUUUGUUAAGAGUCCAUGCAUAAACUCUUUUCUAAUACUGAUAAUGAUGUUGCAGUGUUCAUUUUCAACAUGAGUGGUAGUAAAUUCAUACUGCAGCGCGCUCUAUUAACCUUCAUAAAUGAUAACUACGUAAUGGACUUUAUAUAAUGGGAGUGCUGAAGUGCAUUUAAGAUCUAAUCAGUGUUGCCUAUGGUACUUUGCUUUCAACAAAGGUUAAUUGAAAUAUAAGAAGAAAACAAAACAGCAUGAAAUGCUCACAAUAAAUGUUAGGAUGCUAUGUGUGUCCUAUCUUUUGUCAUUUUAAAGUUUGUUUCAUAGGUUUCAUGAGGUACCAUCUGAUAAAAAAUGUUUCAUGUAUUAAAAUAGGCUCUCCUGUCAAUUUAUGUUUUAAAUUAUUAUUUUAGUUGCUAUAUUCAUGUGAUGUAUUGGCAAGAUUCCAUACAAAUAUGGCCUUUUUAUCAAAUCUACAGUUUAUUUUGUGAGGUGAUUCCCUAAGGACUACGGUGGUCACAAUAUGCAGAUGUGCUAGUCUUGCUUGUUUCUUUUUUUAACAUUUGGAAACCCAAUAUACGCUUUGACACCAUAAAGUUAUCACUGUGAAGUCCGCUCUGUGGGCUCCCUAUUCUGAUAAUCCUUUUGUACUGAGAGGUACUUACAUUUUCUUUUGGGUUCUGUGGUGUGGCUUUGGAGAUUGCAGGUUCAAAUCUAUUUUAAAAAUCUCACCAGUUGCCAAUUUGAUAACUGCAUUAAAGAAAUACUUUGUUGCAUAUAUACUCUGGGAAUGUAAGGAGGUCUGCAAAUACUUUCCACACAAAGCAGAAAAACAAAUGAGAAAAAAAUAAUUUCCAAUGAGAGAUAAAGUUGUGGCAUGUAUUGUAAGCUGCCAAUCAACUUGCUCCAUGCUCAACCAAUCCCAAUGGCAGGCAGUCUAUUUGGAUAUUUGUUCAUAGAAAGACUUGUUACAGUAGCAAACACUGGCUUACUAACAAUGAUCAUUGAUAGUGUACAGGCUUUAAUGAAAAACUGUCUAGCUCGCUAAUUUCAGGAGUUAGUUACAGUACCUCUUCCUGAAUAACCAGAUUGAAGAAAAAAACAAAGAUUUCCAUGGGAAGGACAACGCUAUGGCUACCCAAUCAGUUAUAACUGACCACUGCACUGCUCCUUCAUCAUACCCCAAAACAUAUAGACUUGGCUACAAAUGCUUUCUCCUCACUGAAGGCCCCAGAUGUGGCAGGCACAUAGCUACAGAGAUUCAGCAGCAGGCUUGGUUUUUCAGGAAGAGGCCUAUGAGGGAGUCAUUUCUUAAAUUAUCAUAAUCUUUUCAUCAAUCAAACCAUACAUGAUUAUCAUACAAUCUCAUGCUUAGAACAUUGUUCUGUGUCAGCCUUAGGACAUGCUAGGAGAAUGCUGAUUGACUUCAGUGUAUUUAAUGUUACAAUCCUUUACAUUCCAAACCAUUAGCAUAGUCCCUUCAUAAAAUGUUUGUUGUAUUCACUGAGUAAUUCAAAAUAAUUCUCUAGUCAGUUUUGCGAUACAAAGAGAUAAAAUGCUUGUUCACUCCAUAUAAUUACCCUUUCACUGAAACUGCCAUGAAUUAACUUGGUUAUGUGUUUUGUGCUUUAUAUAGCCAUUUCAAUGCACUGUGAUCCACCAAGUCUCUUAACACCAAAUAUGUACAUGUAUUUGUUGCCUUUUAUUGCCUUGACCAUAAAUGUUGUGUGUGCUCUAUCCCCGGCAACUGCUAAAUCAUUAUGUAGUGCUGGCCAAAGGGAAAUAAUAAUAAUAAUAAUAAUAAUAAUAAUAAUAAUAAUAAUACUAGCUAAAAAAUAAAAUAUUAUUAUUAUUAUUAUUAUUAUUAUUAUAAACUACUUUAAAUGUCACCUGAAAUGAAAUAUGGAAAUAAAAAUGACUAUCAUUUUUUGACAACAGGGCUAUACACAGAAAGAUAAGAUUGUUACUGGUCUGAAACAUAAUUGUAAUUACUUUAUCAGGGUGUUCUAAUAUGCACUGUGACAGCACUGUCGAAUAGAUUUCAAAAGGGAAGACUUUUCAAAGUCAUUAUUUUUUGUGAAAUUCAAUCACUGUGUCAAGGCCUAAGUACUGCCAGAGACAGACGUGCUAUGUCUUCUAUUUGUUGUUUGUUUUUAUAAUAAUGCUGUACAAUGCUGUUAAAAUGGUAAAUUUGUCCUACAGUAUAUGACUGAAGGCUUUGCAAAUAUAUACAUAUAUACAUGUGUGGUCACCAUUCAAUGUGCAACAAGGGCAAAUUGAUUAAAAUUAUGUACAAAGAUGAA